UGUUUGAAUGCAUGAUUUUAUAUAACACUGCUACUUGUUUUUCCAAUAUGGAUUUCAAUUACAGAUGAAUUUAAAUUGUUAAUAUAACUCUGGAUUUUAUGAAAAUCUGUGUCAAGUGUUCCUGGGUUUCUGCAAACAAUGCAACUGUCAUUCAUCCUGAAGAUGACAAAUGCAAUGUAUGCCGAAAUGUUGUAACGCCUCCAGCACUUGUCACCGCUCAUCGCCGAAAAACGAAGUUGUACAAUGCGAGCUCAUUUUUGGUUCUUCUCAAAUCAUUUUCAUUUUCAAAACUGUACCUAAUGUACAAAAUGUGAUCUAUUUACGAGGGCAGUGGGUGGUAAGUAAUGUUCAUACCUGCAAUAAAAUACGAACACGACAUACGAUAUCAAUGGAGAAACGUUUUAAAUCUCCCGGACAAUUAAAUCAAUAUUCGCAGGCAACGUUACAUUAGAGCAAACAGUAUGGCUGUCCUAGCUCGGCACCCACUUGCUUGGGGGAUCAAAUCCAAGACAAUAUUUAGUACUAUUGCAACAAGACAUUAUAACAAAAGAUCACACGUAACGUAUACAUGUGUUGAUUAUCAAAAUUAAUUAUACUGAUUCUGGCUACGAAUGUUUACGCUGAAAUUUGUAACAAAAAUUAUACCAACCUUUCUGAUCCUUUUAACUGUGUGUUAGUCUUUAUACGAAACGGCUUGUGGAACAUCUUGCAUUCGUCAAAUUACUGGUAAGUAAAAUGGAGAUAAAUAUGUGGAAAAUCUUACGAAACAAAAACCAUUCUUGUCACAUUAGCAUGCCUUAUUUCAAAACUUGGAUCAUUAAUACACGAUGGCGGCAGCCGUCGCCAGCACAGAAAGUAACAAAUCAAAUGAAGACCUAGAUACGUGACUUGUUCGGUUACAACUUCGAGAAAAUAAAAUCGAUUGUUUGAAUUGACAUUUGCAGUGUUACUGGAAUUUCCCGUUUUAUUUGAAGUUGCCUUCUUUUUUACACAUAUUUCUCUCCGUUGUAAUUAGGCUUAUAAAUGACAAGAAGUGGCUAGCCUUGUUAUUGACUAGUCUAAUUUCCAUUGUUUGAGAGAUCUGAUUUUGGUUGUCAUUAAAUUAUUGAUGCAAAUUGUUGUAGCGCCCCAAUACUUUUACCACAGUUAUUUUAAGUUCUGUGUUGUAUUUUAGAAAUAUAUGAUAAUCUUCACAGACAUACCCACUUACUUGUAUUAACAUAAUAUUCAAUAACUUUGAAAUUAAUUUCUAUUACAGUAAUCAGUGAGAUUAUGCAGAUUUUUACUCCAUUACCACAGUACUCUUUAUGUCAGAUGUUCACUCAUCAAAUGAUUUUUAAUAUCUUUGGACAGUCAUACAUAAUAAGAAACUUAAAAAUUGGGGAACAUAAGAAAUGAGAAAUGGCAGGUCAGUUAUAUCACAGUUUGUCACAUAGUUUUCACCCCUACUACUUAAAUGGGAAGCACGCUGGCCUGGUGGACUGUGGAAGAAGCAGUUCUGGACUGUUUUAUUGUAGUAUAUAACGCUCACUAGGAUAGCUAGGGGAAAUCCAUAAAAAUCAUGUGUUAACUGCCCUAGGGUUUCAGCCCAGAGAAUGCAGUCUUCUAUUGUAGAUACAUGAAUACAUUUCUUGGUUCUCACUUUGGUAUCAAAUUUCUGUUACAUGAUUCACUUUCAAUGACCUUUUGAAAGGAAAACUGACAUCUCAGUGUCCAUUUGUCCUUCUUAAUAAUGCCAUUUCACCUGAUGAAAUAAUGAAGUUAAUAUCAUACUUGCUUCAUAUUUGUGAGGAACAGACUUUGAAUCCUGGGUGGAGACUGGCCAUUCCACAGGAUAUAAAGAUGGGGCUAGCAAGCAAGCGGAAAGGACGUUGGAGGUACAGGUGCUGGCAGAAGUUGUUCCUAGCUCUCAUAGGCUUCCCUCUGGCUGCUGGAGUCUUAUUGGUGUUCGUAGCAAUAUUCCGAGCAGUGUUCGUUCACCAGCAAACCCAGUCCGUUCUCCAUAUCUUAAAUAAUCAAGUUGUGGAUAAAAUUGAUGAAAGCCAGAUUAUGCAGAGGGCUGAACGAUUGGCAGGAGCACUGAAAAUUCCUUCUGUAUCGUACGCAACAGACAACCAAGAAAAGGAGGCUCUCCUGCAACUGCAUCAGUAUCUGGAAACGAAUUUCCCACUGAUUCACAGUGCAAGUUUUAUAAAGAAGGAAGUGAUCAACACGUACAGUCUCUUAUACACAGUUGAGGGCACGACCAAAGGGAAGCUUCCAUAUUUGUUUGCCUCACAUUUAGAUGUUGUCCCUGUUGAUCCUAGUACAUGGGAAGUCCCUCCUUUUGGUGGAAAAAUUGUCAACAGAACAUACAUCUAUGGAAGAGGUGCUAUUGAUGACAAAUCUGGAGUACUGGGGAUUAUGGAAGCUGUUGAAUACAUAAUACAGAUGGGACAAAGACCACAAAGGACAUUUUUCAUGGCUUUUGGACAUGAUGAAGAAAUUUCAGGUAAACGGGGUGCUCAUGAACUAGCAAAAAUAUUGCAAGCCCGAGGAGUUAAUCGUCUGGAUUUUGUUCUUGAUGAAGGUUUUCCUUUAAGCAAGGGUCUGAUUCCAGGAACAGAUAAGCAUAUUGCCAUGGUGGGCAUCUCAGAGAAGGGUACAGUGACUUUGGAACUGAGUGUAACUGGUAAUCCAGGUCACUCCAGUUUCCCCCCAGCUGAGUCGGCCAUUGGUAUCCUCGCAGCAGCUGUUGCUCGACUGGAGGAGAAUCCACAACCUUCACUUCUUGGCAAAGGACCUGAAUCUGCUACUUUCAAAUAUCUGGCUCCCCAUGUUUCUUUCUUUUAUCGCCUUCUCUAUAACAACUUGUGGCUGUUUUCUGGGUUGAUGGCUCGAGAAAUGGAGCGUGUGCCUCUCACCAAUGCCUUUGUUCGCACUACCACGGCUAUUACAGUGUUUCAUGGAGGAAUAAAGGAUAAUGUGGUUCCUCCAUCAGCCAAAGCAGUAAUCAACCACCGCGUUCAUCCCUCUCAGACAGUGACUGAAGUGAUUGCAUAUGAUCGUGAAAUCAUCUCAGAUCCCAGAGUACGCAUCCAGGUGAAGACCUCCCGAGAGGCACAUCCCAUAUCUCCAUUUGGACUGGACUGCAUUCCCUUUCAGAUGGUGAUUGUUAGCAUCAAGCAAGUGUUUACUGAUGCUGUGGUUGUUCCAGCUGUAUUCAUUGCCAAUACUGACACACGAUGGUACUUAAGCUUCACCACAAAUUUAUAUCGGUUUCUGCCAACUGUUGUCGCACCGGAAGAUGUCAACCGUUACCAUGGAAAUAAUGAGCGUAUAUCAAUCAAGCACUAUCAUGAAGCUGUCAACUUCUACUACCGUAUUAUCAAGAAUGCUGAUAUGUUAACUGACCAAGUACCAUCAUCCACCAUCAACAAUGGUGAUCAAGAAUUAUAAAUAAUUACUAAGGGGAUAUAACAAAAAUACAACUUUGUAACCUUUGUGGCAAACAAGAGAGGUACUUUCAAAUUAACCUGUUUAUUCCUGUCUUUAGAGGUUGAAGUUAGUUAUGGUCUGCUGACAUCAUGGCACUGUAGUUGUGUGUUUUGAACCUACACAGCCAUGAAAGACAUGGAAUUCAUGUCUUAAGCACACUGGAUGCUUUGUAGUACAUGUAGUGUUGUUAUAAAAUCUCAUAUUAAAUAAUCACUCUGGUUAUGUCUUAAAAGCACAACAAGCCCAAACCAAGAAAUUUAUAAACAGAAAUCAACCUCAUAUCUACCAUUAGGUGAUAUGCAGGAAGACUGAUACAUUACUUGCACAGAUCAGAGUGUCCAUCAGUGUUUCUUCCUACUCCUUUACUGCUAUUAAAAACUGUACCAGACCAAGUUCUUAUCCAGGUCAUCAUCAUUCACUCACAGCUAUGUCAUGUUACUAUGAACUAGCAAACCCACUGGUCCACAACUUCAGCUUAGACAUUUAUUCUUAAAUGGCUGACACACCACGUGAACGCUAUGGGAAAGCUAGAAUGCAGAGUAGAACUCAUGACGACAACUAGUUCUCUGCUAAGCUCAGUAUUAAGUAUGAGAGUUACGAAAAUGCUCUUCCUGCGAAAGGAAGAAAAAUCUUUUACUGUCAUUUUAAAACUUGUUGAUGUACAGGAUUCAGUGCAGAUCAUAUGUGCUUGUUGUGUCAUACAGAAUUCAGUAGAGAUUGUAUGAGCUUGUUGCUCCAAAGGUUCAAAAUGUCAGAUGAGUAUAUUAAAAUUAACACAUUCACUGCUGAAGUGGAAAGGCUUUAUUACUGCUAGCAUCAACUUGAGUAAAUGUUAUGCACCUCUCCUUGUAACUUGUAAAAGAUCAUCAUCAAUGACCGGAUCAUGAAGAUAACUAAGCAGUACACAGUGCUUGGCGUUUCUUUUUCUCCCUUCCCUGAUCCUGCCUCCCUUUGUACUGUUAUUGCAGUUAUGUUUAGUUUAUGUAAUGAUUAGAUGCAGCUGUGUGUUACCUCAUAUGAGUUCAAAGGCCUUCAGUAGACACUACUGCCUUUGUGUGAUGUUUUAGUAGUCAUGAAUGAA